AUGAUCAAUUUCUUCUUAGGAGGUUCCAAGAGACACAAACACAGUCCACUGAUCGGGGUUCCUGCCGAAAUCGAAUUAUGUUUAUACCGAAAAGGCUGCAAGUCAAAUUUAAGGAACGAGAAAAUUCGACUUUGCCCCCUUUUGUUCCUACUUAUAUCCCUUCAAGACCCGUCUCUGCUCUUCAUCUGCUCUACAUCUCAUCACUCAUCCUCGGCGCUUUACCCAACGUCUAAUAACUACAUUUCUUUCUUUACAUCUCAAUAUCCUCCACCAUCGCUGGCAUUCCAAGUCUUCGUCCUAUACCCAUGGCACCAUGAACUAGACGACCAGUUCAAGCUCCUGAAAUAUGAACACCAACGCGUAUUGGAACAACACAAGCUGCUGCACCAGGCUGAUAAGCUGUCACAACUGGCCAAGCCCCAAUGA